AUGGCCGACGUAUCAAACGCUGAAUUAGACAACAAACCAAACAAGACUUGUUCUUUUUAUUUUUUAGUUGCUAAACUUAAAAGAAUGGAGAAUCAAAACCCCGGAGAAUGGCAAAAAUCGAUGAACCGUUUGAUGGUUGCACGUAAUUCUGGUUUUGUCCCUGAUACAGCUGAAUUUGAAGCAAGAAGGAAAGAGAUUCUUGAUAAAGCUACCAAAACAAACCUACCCCAAACCACACAAGAAGGCAAGUACACAACACCAUCACAAAGUGCAAAUCGUUCAUUUUCCAACCUUUUUUUUUAUGCUCUUCUUCAACCAAUCAUCAAUGCCCAUCCAAUCUACAAUGUAUUUAAAGAAUUUGCUGAAAUUUUUGAUAGGGAGUAUGCAAAGAGAAAGAGAGAGGAGGUGUUGGUGUACGAGAAAAUCAACGAUGUUCAACUUGAAUUACAAGCAUUGGAUCUCAGUCACGAACAACAAACUUGA